CUUCAACAAUGUCCGUUGUUCUCCACGUGAAAUUGGAGCUGGAGGACCAUACGACUCCUGUACCGACAAUGGUCUUGAAGGUGUUCGACCGACAUUUCUCCGCCCAAUUGCGUGAGUUCUUGGACUCAGGCCCGGCGACGAAGUCAAGUGAACUCCAAUUCAUCAACUUUGUUCGUGAAGGUUACUUGCCUCUAUUCAUGGCGGCGUGGGAGCAGGAAGGACCUUGCGCCUACGACGAAUGGAAUGUCUCGAGGAGAGAGGCGUGUUUCCACUGCAGAUCUGUCCAGAGCCACGAGAUCGAGCUCGAGAUAUAUGACCGUCUGGUCGCCAUGCAGGGCGUUCAUGUUCCGAAGUUGUUCGCGGGCGUUCGGCUGCAUCCGCAGCACGAGGAGCUGCAGGUGGAGGAAAGUUUGAUCGAGGAUUUCGCGAUGAGAGCUAUCCUUAUGGAAUACAUUGAUGGAUUCCCUCUGGAUGAGAUCGUAAACAGGACGCCGGAGUUGGACUGGGCACCCAUUUGCGAUCAGGCAAUCGAAGUGAUCGGUUCCAUUUCUGAUAGCGACUUUAUCAAUUUCGAUAUCAAGCCCAGAAACAUUCUGGUCCGCCGGCAGGAAGAAAAGGCAUACGAGGUCUUCUACUUGGACUUUGGGGAGUGCCGCUUCCGUGACCCGUCUGAUUCAGACGAAGUCUGGCGCGAACGUAAGCGUCAGCGAUGCGAAGAGGGAGCGGUGGGCUACAUCAUGAUGAAUCAUAUCUCGCGAGCGAAGGGAAAGAAGGGAAAGAAGUACAGGGGAAGUCUUCCUUUGCCCUGGGAGUACUCGCCUUCCAACCGCUUCGAAGGAGACUAUAUCGAACUGUGUGGAAAUGCCGGCUAG